CACUGGUAACGCUCCUUCUCUGGAGUCACUUCAGGUUUCAGCUCACGAUGAACAGACUGGUGUGGUUUUGUUUUUCCUCGGCUGCUCUUCUUGCCGCUGUGACGAGUGUGUCUCCUCCACCAUGUGACAGUGAGAUAUAUUGCACUGGGCCCGUUUUGCAUCAAGUCCAGAUGGCUAAACUGUUCGAUGACGACAAAUACUUUGUUGACAUGAAGCUGAAGGCGAAACCCGAUGUUGUUUUGUCGGCUUUUCGAAACCUUUCAAACCAAAUGCCAAACGGGACCGUGCCGCCCGCCAGGCUGCGGGAGUUCCUCGCUGAGAACUUUGAGAAACCGGGGUCAGAGUUCGAGCCGUGGACGCCGCCGGACUGGCACGACAAGCCAAAGUUCCUGGAAAGAAUCGCUGACCUGAAACUACGUGAGUGGGCAGGAGAGAUUCAUCAUCUAUGGAAGUCUCUGGGCAGAAAGAUCUCCUCCGGUGUUAGAGAUCACCCCGAGCUCUACUCGCAGAUUCACCUCCCACAUCCCUUCGUUGUGCCUGGAGGCCGCUUCAGGGAACUCUACUACUGGGACUCCUACUGGGUCGUCAACGGCCUCCUGCUGUCGGAGAUGACAGACACGGCCUCCGGGAUGAUUCGAAACUUCCUCUACCUUGUUAACAGAUAUGGCUUUGUUCCAAACGGUGGGCGGAUUUACUAUGAAAAGCGCAGUCAGCCUCCAUUCCUCACUCUAAUGGUGGAGAGCUACUAUCAAGCCACCAAGGAUAAAGAUUUCCUCAGGGAGGCUUUACCGGCUCUGGAGCAGGAGUACAGCUUCUGGAUGCAGAACCGCUCUGUGGCCGUGAAGGUGGACGGGGUCGAGCACCUGCUGAACCGGUACCACGUGGAGGUGGGCCGGCCACGACCUGAGUCGUACACAGACGACCUGGAAUUAGCUGAAGGACUCAGUGACGGUGAUAAAGAGCAGCUGUGGAUGGAUCUGAAAGCCGGGGCAGAGUCUGGAUGGGACUUCUCCUCCCGCUGGUACAUCGGGGGUGAAGGCCUCAGAGACGCCCGCACCAGCCUCAUCCUCCCCCCCGACCUCAACGCUCUGCUGUGCCUCAACGAGAGAACUCUGGCUUCCUUCCACCGGCUCCUGGGUGACGGUGACUCAGCCGCUCGGUACGACCAGGCCGCGGCCCGCAGACAGGGGGCGAUGGAGGCGCUGCUGUGGGAUGCUGAGAGGGGAGCCUGGUUCGACUACAGCCUGGUGACGCACUCCAGACACGUGGAGUUUCACCCCUCCAACCUGUCGCCUGUUUGGGCACGGUGCUAUUCUCGGCCCGAGAUGGGGGAGAGGGCGGUGCAGUAUCUGAAGGCGAGUGGUGCUCUUCGGUUCCCCAACGGAGUCCCCACGUCCCUGAGCGAGUCCGGGCAGCAGUGGGACUUUCCCAACGCAUGGCCGCCGCUGCAGCACAUGCUCAUCAGUGGUUUGUCCGAACUGCUGUCAGACGACGCUCAGCAGCUGGCGGUGGAUUUGGCCCAGCGCUGGAUCAGGAGCAACUGGGAGGCCUACAUGAAGUACGACGCCAUGUUUGAGAAGUACGACGUGAACGGAGAUGGCAAACCCGGCGGUGGAGGAGAAUAUGAAGUUCAGCUGGGUUUCGGUUGGACCAACGGCGUGGCCCUGCAGCUCCUGGAUCAGUACGGGGCGGAGCUCACCUCAGGAAGCCGGCAGGUGUCAGCUGGCGUCCUGCUGCCUCUGGUCAUCUGCGCCGCUCUCGUGCUCCGGUGA